CCUUGUCACUAGUCAGUAGCCAGUAGAGGGACAGUAGUGAGGGCGUACUUCCUGGUCCCUGCUGUUGUCAGACUAAGAAACGCAAUUUUGUUUGUGUUAUUUUGUUCUGUGCGGAAAUAUAAUUAUGGCAAGACGAACAGAUUAUUCGUACAUAAGUCCAUGUAUAAAAUGGACUUUGUUUUUCUUCAAUUUUAUCUUUUGGUUAUUUGGGAUGCUCCUCAUGGCUGUUGGUCUGUAUGGUGUCGUGUUCACAGCUCAAGAUUUACAUGGCCUUAAGUCGGUGGAAAUUGCCUACAUUGUCAUAACAGACCUCUCAGGGGUCAUGGUGGCACUUGGCGGUAUCAUCUUUUUAGUAUCAUUUGCCGGGUGUGUUGGAGCUCUUCGAGAAAACCUCUGCUUACUAAAACUCUACUUCUGGAGCCUGACCAUCUUCCUCAUCGCUGAGCUACUCUUUGCCAUUGCCUGCAUUAUAUUCCCAUGGAAGUCACGUGAAAUUAUUGAAAGUGUGUUGUCCAAGCGCUUGAUAGAACACUACAGAGAGAGCCAGAACACACAGAACUUUGUGGAUUUCCUACAGAGAGAGUUUGAGUGCUGUGGAAUCACAGCACAUGGGUAUCUUGACUGGGAUUCCAAUGAGUAUUUUCAGUGCAUUGAGAACAGCCCGAGUGUUGAGAAGUGUGGUGUCCCUGCCUCUUGCUGCAUCAAGAGGAAGAACAUGACUCUCAUUGAUAUUAUGUGUGGAUACAACAUGCAGUCAAAAAAGCCGCACGAAGCAUCAGACACAAUACACGUUGGAGGUUGUGUAACUUCCAUCAUCCAGUUCCUAGAAUCCAACCUCUACUGGGCUGCAGGAGUCAUAUUUGGCAUCACACUAUUUCAGAUGUAUGUGACGCAUCAAGCUCGCUCCCUGAUGGAUCAGAUCUCCCUGCAGCGCUCUAGAUGGUAUUAACAGUUCUCAGCUAAGGAACUUGGCUUUUACAUGUAUUCUGAGAGCUUAUAGGGCACAAAUUACCCCUUAAUGGCUUGUGUAUCACUGCCAGUCUUUCUUGUAUUUUACAUGGCCCAAAUUAUUUUAUUUACCUACUGCUCUACAAUAGCGAUAAACUUUGUUGGAAUACUUUUAUGAAACAAAAGUUGGUAUAAGUUUGCUAAUGAGGGUAAUGAAAAAUCUAAGAUUAUUUGCUAUGAUAUAAUACUAAAGGAGGUGCAAGUACUGUACAGUGCUGGAUAUACAAAACCACAGUACAGUAACUGAACUUUUACCAAGGAUAAACCUCUUAGUUCCUUGUAUACAUUAUAACUGGCCUUCACUGCAUAUUAUUGUAGUGUUCAGGUGUACAAUAUUUUAUAGUUUUUAAGGUGAGGAUUCUUUCUUGAAGUUUGUCUUGGAAUCACAAAACACUUCCGUACCACAAACAAAAAAUUCACACAGUAACUCAAUGUGAAUAUUUAUUUGGGCCAUGUGUGAUGUGAACUGGAUAUUCCAUGGCUCUGUACUAUGCACCCUUGUAAUAUUUGUGUUGCAUAGUAAACAUUUGUGUUCAAACUAAUGGUGAAAAAUGUGGAUGUUGAUAUUGUUUGUUAAUGUGCAAAGAAUGUAGAAUAUGUACUUCCUCUGACUUAAAAGCUUUAAUUCUGGUAAAUGUUUUUGUUAUUUUACAGAAGAUUCUUAGAGGAAACAACACCCUAAAGCAUUUUUAUUUUAAGUACAAUAGUGUAAUUUAAACACAAAAGGACAUAACAGUGUUUUCACUGCAUGUCAAAGGAAGUACCAACUUGGGUAUGUUGAAUCACUGGGGACCAUAAUUUAUGUAAUUGUUGAGUAACAUGUAUGGCAUAAUAUAUUUGAUUAAUGUUGAAGCUUGGGGCUAUUUAAAUGUAUAUGAUCAAAUACUGUGGCUUAACGAAACAUAUUUUCAUAAUUAUUAAGUGUCUUCUUAUAGUGUCUUUUCUAAAUUUGCAAUAGUUGUAAUUUUUAUUGUGGUAUUAAUGCUUUUAAUGAUUCAAAGAAACUGUAUAAUAUCAUCCAUAAUGAUAUCUUGGUGCAGCAUUUAUUUACAUGAUCUAGGUUCUAGUGGUUUUAGCUUACAGAGUACUGUACAUGUUUUGCUACAGCAAGUCCAAGAUAUUCUUGCCACUAGUCUAGUAUGGCAGUGAAUAAUGAAAGUCAUUAAUUAUAUUGAUGCUCUUAUGUUUGUAAUAAUGAAUAAUUUAUAUUAUGCAUACAGUCUGUAGAUGUGGUAGAAUAAUAUUUUGCCUGUACCCUGUAUAUGAAAAUGCAGCUGAGGCACAGUACAGUGAUAUCUCCGUUAGCCAAAACAACUGGUGCAGAGCACUUCCGGGGAUGAGAGAUUUCCGGCUCACUAAACGACUUUCUUAAACCUGGAAAAAGUCCCUAUCCCUGGAAUCUUUUCCGGUUACUGGGAAAGGUUUGCGAGUGUCUAAACUAGACAUCUUGCACAGACAGACACUAGCCCACUUUUCCCGAAUGUUUCUGGGUGCUGGGGAUAUUUUCCUUGAGUCUAAACUACCGGAGUCCGUAAAUGCAGUUCUAAUUAAGUUAGAAACUCCAUUUCUUUCCUAUAAUAAUCCAGAAUAGUUUAUCUAAAAGUUUGGUUAAAUAAAUUUAUUGAAAAAUUAAAAAUCUUUAGGAUAUGGGAGUGAAUGAAACUGUGUUACAGCAAAGACUUAUUUUUUCACUCCCAUGGAGUUGUGGGGGAUUACCGGGUAUAGUGUAACUGACCUGAUGUAAUGUCAGGUGGAGGUAGGGUGGGGGAUUAUUGGUCUCCCAUUACAUACUGACCUUCUGAUGGAAUGUCAGGUCACCCUUUCUUGGGUGGGGGAUUAGAGGAUCUCAUGACCUGAAGAUGUCUCGAGUAAACAUUAAACGUAAAGUAUUUUUAGGGAGAUUGUGAUAAGUAUAAGUAUAAAUGGGCAAAGUUAUAUCCUUUCAACGUUUCAGUGCAGUUGCCCAAAAAAGUCCUGUCACCUCUCAUCCUAAACCACGAACCCCGAGAUUCAGACUCGUGAACCCGAAGCAGUAGAAACUGAUACAUUAGUCUGUCCAUAAAUGCUUCGGAUUCAAGAGUCUGAAUCUCAGGGUUCAUGGUUCAGGAUGAGAGGCGACAUGCCUUUUUUGGUGACUGUACAUAACAUUUUAAAAUAUCGAGUGAGAAAGCAGAGGUGUCAGUAAUUAGAGAGAUGGAGUGGAAAUCAGUGUUGCCAAGCACUCAACAAAUGAUAUUCAACUGGCUACCACGUAGUCACACACACACACAAAUUUGUCAUACAAUAAGACCCUCAUUCGGGUCAUUCCUCUUGCUUUCUGUCUUAAUUCCCUUGUUGGGGGUGUGUGGGUGGUGAUGGUGUGGGUUAUGUGGGGUAAGGAAGGAUGGUGUUGGAGGGUGUAGGGUUGUGUGGGUGGUUGUUGGAGGGGGUGUUUGUGUGUGUGUGUGUGAUGUAGGGGUGUAAUGUUGGUAAAUGUAGCACAAUGUGGGUAAUUGGGCUGAGAGUGGGGAAGUUGAACCUUUUUGGCUAAUUGUGAUAGGGAGAUGAAUUUGAUACCAUAAUGAUCCUUUAUAAAUUCUCUCCAAGACAUUUCCAAUAAGAUCCUUAAACAAAAUAUUUUGAUAUAAUAUAAUGAUGGGAAUUCCAUUCUUUUAUAAAAAAUAAAAAAAAAUGUAAGAAGUGUUGAUACCGUGUCAAUAAAAUAAGUUCUAAUUUUGUUAGACACCA